AUAAGCCAUUUCCUCUAUAACCAUUUUACGUUUCUCCUCCGACACACUCCAAAAAAAACUCACAAAUCUCUCUGAUGUGAAUUUGACUAUUACUUCUACGUAACUUAGGAAUCUUACAUCUCUCUAUUUUUUUUAGAUUUCUUGAUUACUUAAAGAAUAUGGAGAACGAGUUGUUUAUGAACACUGAGUUCCCACCACCACCGCCGGAGUUUGAACCACCGUCUUCUUCAUCGGCGAUGAUGCUUAAUUGGGCCUUAAUGGAUCCAACAAACCCACAACAAGAUCCUUCCUUCUUAUGGGAAAAGUCAACGGAACAACAACAGAGCAUCUUUGACUCUGCUUUGAGCUCAUUAGUCUCAUCACCGACGCCGUCUAACUCAAACUUCUCCGGCGGUUGCGGUGGUGGUGUUGGCGGUGGUGGUGAUGGUUUUAUAAUCAGAGAACUCAUUGGUAAGCUUGGAAACAUAGGUAAUAAUCACAAUAUCUCCGGUGAGAUCUACGGAACUACUACUCCGAUGUCUAGGUCCGCCUCUUGUUACGCAACUCCGAUGAGCUCUCCACCACCACCACCGCCGCCGUCGGCGAGUUCUAAUUCUCAGAUCAUGAUGAAUAGAACGACGCCGUUGACUGAAUUCUCAGCGGAUCCGGGUUUUGCGGAGAGAGCUGCGAGAUUCUCUUGUUUUGGUAGUCGGAGUUUUAACGGAAGAACCAACUCUCAUCUUCCGAUUAACAACAACGUCGUCAACAACUCCGGGAAGCUGACACGUGUCUCAAGCACACCGGCUCUUAACGGUCUUGUUUCGCCGGAAUUAGCACCGAUGAUUCCCGGCGGCGAGUUUUCCCGGAAGAGAAAAUCUUUGCCUAAAGGAAAACCCAAAGAAAAUCCCAUUUCCACAGCUUCUCCAUCUCCUAGUUUCUCAAAGACGGCGGAGAAGAAAGAAGAUUGGAGUGGAAAAGGAAGUAAAAGUUUAGAAGAAAAAGUAGGAAAAAGGAGAAGAGAUGAAGAAGAAGAUAAUGUAGAUGAAGAAGGAGGAGAAGGGAACAAAAACAAUAACACUAAACCACCUGAGCCUCCUAAAGAUUACAUCCAUGUUCGUGCUCGUCGAGGCCAAGCCACCGAUAGCCAUAGCCUCGCGGAACGAGUUAGGAGGGAGAAGAUUGGUGAAAGGAUGAAGCUUCUUCAAGAUCUUGUCCCUGGAUGCAAUAAGGUUACUGGAAAAGCACUGAUGCUUGAUGAAAUUAUAAACUACGUACAAUCAUUGCAAAGACAAGUUGAGUUCUUGUCAAUGAAGUUAUCAUCAGUGAACGACACCAGGCUGGAGUUUAACGUGGAUGCUCUUGUGUCAAAGGAUGUUGUUAUGAUUCCAUCAAGUAACAACAACAAUAGAUUGCAUGAAGAAGGACUCCAAUCAAAAUCUUCAAGUCAUCAUCAUCAUCAUCAUCAUCAACAACAACAACUUAAUAAUAUUUACAAUAAUAAUUCACAAUUACAUCCUAAUAACAUGAUGCUUCAAUCUCCUAUGAACUCUUUGGAAACCUCUAGCUUAGCAAGAAGCUUCACUCACUUACCAACACUUACCCAAUUCACUGACUCAAUUUCACAGUAUCAAAUGUUUAGCGAAGAAGAUUUACAAAGCAUUGUAGGAAUGGGAGUGGCACAACCCAACAAUGAAUCUCAACACAUGAAACUUGAGAUUUGAUCAACCAAAUAAUAAGGAUUGAUGGGUGUACAUAACCAUACCAAUAUAUGUGAUUUAUUCAUAUACUCAUCUCCAUUUCUAUAUAUAUAUACACAUUUAUGAAAGUAACUUUUAUUUUAUUUUAUUUUACCUUUUGUUAAUUAUAUUAUAUAUGUCAUCUUCCAAUUCAUUAUUAGGGUUCAAUUGUACUGUUAUACACUUAGGAUUCCUUUUGCUUUUCUAAUGUAAUAUCAUUGUAAGUUUGUUACCUUCCACUACAAUCCAAGUUGAUUAAUCUA